AGCAAGUUGUUGUCCGUGACCACUGCAGAGACCAGGGAGAGCGGAGAAGGAAACCGAGGGGCAACGCCUCGCUUUCAGGCGUGGGGAAAAGCAGAAGCCUACGCUGAUGCUUCUUCCCAACGUCCUAAACUCUUCAGGGAGGACUGGAACAGCUGUGGAUCAUUGGUUUUAGGUCGGGUCUGAAGCUGAGAGAAGAAUCUGGAUUCAGAAGCAGCAGUGAAGGCUGGCAUUGAUCCCAGUUUCUCCUUUGAGAGUGAGCAGAAGAUCCUGAUGGAGGAGGAUGAUACCCAGAGAAAAGAUUCCAUGGAGGAUGGAAUUGGUGAAGUGCAACAUCUUGAUUCCAGCAAGAUUACGGCAGAGCCCAGCCACAUGCAAAAGCAGUUGGAUUUUCAAAAUGGUAGCCUAGAGGAAGACUUCGUGGUGAAUUCCCUUGAGAACGAUCCCCAGAACAUGAUGGAGAGCUUAAGCCAGAAGAAAUAUUCUUCCAGUCUGAGAUUUAAAGCCAAUGGAGAUUAUUCUGGUUCCUAUUUAACCCUCUCACAACCAGUGCCUGCUAAGAGAAGCCCUUCUCCCUUGGGAACCAGUGUCAGAAGUAGCCCCUGCUUGGCCAAAAUCCAGGGAAACAAGCCAUUCUCUUGUGAUGGCACUGACAAAAAUGUUUCCAUGAAACCUCCCGCUCCUUUACUCAGCACUUCGCUCUCCCUCGGUGGAUACCCACUUGGGAGAGCGGACUUCGAACACUGUACUGGCAGGGAUGGUGAAAGGUCCUUGAGGCUCUCCGAGAAGCCUCCCUACUCCAAAUAUAGCUCAAGGAAUAAAUCCCAUGACAAUGUUUACUUUCUCGGAGGGGUGGAAGGCCGGAAGGCCUCUGGCUCCCUCUUGGCCAUGUGGAAUGGAAGCUCCCUGAGCGAUGCUGUGCCCUCUCCCAUCAGCAGCUCAGGGGCGGCGAGCAUGCCUUCAAGCCCAAAGCAAGCCCGGAAGAUGAACAUUCAGGACAACCUGAACCUUCAGCCCAAGUUAGCCAGACACAAGGAGCUAACGUCUGAAAACACCAGUUUCAGAACCAGGAAGUAUUCGGGCAGCAGUAGCCUGAGUCACAUGGGGGCCUAUAGCCGAUCGCUUCCCAGGCUGUACAAAGCCACCGAGAACCAGCUGAUGCCUCUCAGUUUGCCUCCAAGAAACUCUCUGGGCAAUUCCAAACGAACAAAACUGGGAGAAAAGGAUCUACCUCAUAGCAUGAUAGACAAUGACAACUACCUUAAUUUUUCUUCUCUGAGCUCGGGGGCUUUACUGUAUAAAACCUCUGCAUCUGAGGGCAGUCCGUAUGUGAGUUCCACCCUCAGCAUCCCUGCCAGUCCCCGCGUGGCUCGGAAGAUGCUUCUGGCGUCCACGUCCUCUUGUGCCUCUGACGACUUUGAUAGGGCUCCGUACUCAGGGACAAGCCCAAGUCAUUCCUUUCUUCCCGGUGACCCGGACAGAGUAUUUGCAAACAGGAGGAACUUCUCUUGUGGAUCUGUAGAGUUUGAUGAUUCUGAUCUGGACAGCCUCAGACAGUCCUCAGGAACUCCCCAGCCUGUUCUUCGAGAGCGAAAAAGCAGCAUUAGCUCCAUUUCAGGACGCGACGACCUGAUGGAUUAUCACCGGCGGCAGAGGGAGGAAAGACUCAGGGAGCAGGAGAUGGAGCGCCUGGAGAGACAGCGUCUGGAGACAAUCCUCAGUCUUUGUGCUGAGUACACAAAGCCUGACAGUCGCUUGUCUACUGGCACAACUGUGGCAGAUGUGCAGAAAAUCAAUAAGGAGCUUGAGAAGCUGCAGCUCUCUGAUGACGAAUCUGUGUUUGAAGAUGCUCUGGUGAGCCCUGACACAAGAUACAGGUGCCAUCGGAAAGGGUCUCUCCACGAUGCGGACACCACAGGCUUCGGGGGCCUCUGUCAGAGCAGUGCCUGCUUCCUCUCCCCAAGGAGCAUCAGAAAUGAGGAACUGUUCAGUGACCUCACCAAGGGUCCCCCUCUACCUUCCUCUGCCUUUUUGAAAGCUUCCAGCGAGUCCACUUAUCUAAGUAUGGCACCAAAGACCCCAGAGAGUAUAAGCGAAGAACAAAGGGCUCAGGAGCUGGUUGCAAUGGAAGAGACCCGGAUAGUAAUUCUGAACAAUCUUGAAGAACUUGAACAAAAAAUCAAAGAUAUAAAUGACCAGAUGGAUGAAUCCUCCAGAGAGUUGGAUAUGGAAUGUGCCCUUUUGGAUGGAGAACAGAAAUCUGAAACAACUGAACUUAUGAAGGAGAAGGAGAUUUUGGAUCAUCUAAAUCGAAAAAUAGCAGAACUGGAAAAGAACAUUGUUGGUGAAAAGACCAAGGAGAAGGUAAAGCUUGAUGCUGAAAGGGAAAAACUAGAGAGGCUCCAGGAGCUUUACUCCGAGCAGAAGACCCAGCUGGACAAUUGUCCUGAGUCCAUGAGGGAACAAUUACAACAACAGCUGAAGAGGGACGCGGACCUGUUAGAUGUUGAGAGCAAACACUUUGAAGACUUGGAGUUCCAGCAGCUGGAGCACGAGAGCCGUCUAGAUGAGGAAAAAGAGAACCUGACACAACAGCUGCUGCGUGAAGUGGCUGAGUAUCAACGUAACAUUGUGACUAGAAAGGAAAAAAUAUCUGCAUUGAAAAAGCAAGCCAAUCAUAUUGUCCAGCAGGCUCAGAGGGAACAAGAUCAUUUUGUGAAAGAAAAGAAUAAUUUAAUAAUGAUGCUGCAAAGAGAAAAGGAGAAUCUUUGUAAUUUGGAAAAGAAAUAUUCCAGCCUUUCUGGGGAGAAGGGGUUUCCUGUCAACCCUAAUACUCUAAAAGAGGGCUAUAUCAUUGUAAAUGAAAUUAAUGAGCCAUGUGGCCAUUCUACGAAUCUGUCCCCUUCCACUCAGUUCCCUGCUGAUGCUGACGCAGUUGUCACUGAGCCCGCCACAGCUGUGCUGGUGAGCCAGCCACAAAAUAAAGAGCACUUUAGAAGUCUGGAAGAAAGGAAAAAACAGCAUAAAGAAGGCCUCUAUCUGAGUGACACUUUGCCUCGAAAGAAAACCACACCUUCCAUAUCCCCCCAUUUCAGCAGUGCUACCAUGGGGAGAAGCACCGCCCCAAAGGCUCAUCUGCCCCUGGGACAGAGCAAUAGCUGUGGCAGUGUGCUCCCCAACUCGCUGGCAACCAUGACCAAAGACUCAGAAUCUCGCAGAAUGCUCAGAGGAAAGUCCAAGAAAGGAAGAAUGAAUUUCGCUGCAGGAGCAAUUAGUAAUUCCAAAAGUUCAAGUAUCAAAGGGUAUAAUCACCAACAGAUGAGUGAAGGACAAAGGCAAAAACCCUCUGAGUUUUACAACCGCACAGCAUCUGAAUCAAAUGUUUACUUGAAUAGUUUCCGUUACCCAGAUCACAGCUACAAGGACCAGGCCUUUGAUACUUUGAGUCUUGACAGCUCUGAUAGCAUGGAAACCAGCAUCUCUGCUUGCUCACCUGAUAAUAUCUCUAGUGCCAGCACAUCAAAUAUUGCCAGAAUAGAAGAAAUGGAGAGACUUUUGAAACAGGCCCAUGCAGAAAAGACAAGGCUGCUUGAAUCCAGGGAACGGGAAAUGGAAGCCAAAAAACGAGCUCUGGAAGAAGAAAAACGACGCCGAGAACUCCUGGAAAAACGAUUGCAAGAAGAAACUAGCCAGAGGCAGAGGUUAAUAGAAAAGGAAGUAAAAAUAAGGGAGAAACAAAGGGCACAGGCUCGUCCUUUGACACGCUAUCUGCCUGUCCGGAAAGAAGACUUUGACUUGCGGAGCCACGUAGAGACUGCUGGCCACAAUAUUGAUACCUGUUAUCAUGUAUCAAUCACAGAGAAGACAUGCCGAGGAUUCCUCAUCAAAAUGGGUGGAAAAAUUAAAACUUGGAAAAAACGUUGGUUUGUUUUUGAUCGGAACAAGCGAACAUUCUCUUAUUAUGCAGACAAGCAUGAAGCUAAAUUAAAAGGUGUAAUAUACUUUCAAGCCAUUGAAGAAGUAUAUUAUGACCACCUGAAGAAUGCUAAUAAGAGUCCUAAUCCAUUACUCACUUUUAGUGUCAAGACGCAUGACAGGAUCUAUUAUAUGGUGGCCCCAUCGCCGGAAGCCAUGCGGAUCUGGAUGGAUGUUAUAGUUACUGGAGCAGAAGGUUAUACUCACUUCUUGUUGUAGGAAACUGCGGCAGCAGUCCACUUCAGGGCAGACUGCAAUAAUCUCUUACAAGAAUGAAGCCAUAUUCAAUCCCAGGUGGAAAGACCCAACAGACCCAUCCCUUUUUCCUGUAUCUACUCAGAAGUCCUUUCAUAUUAACAAGAAGUCAUUUGUAAUAGAGGAAGAAGUGGUUUUAAUUCAAAGCCUGAUCAUAAAUAGCAAAAGAAACAAAGAUUCUAUGUGAAAGAAAACACUAUUUUGAUAAAUAGCAUUACUCUAGGACAUUUCUUUUAAACUGUUUUUUUUUAAUCACUUGUUGGUUUUGGUAAAACAAACUAAACAGUUUACAAAAUGUGUGUACUUGGAUAUAAGAAAUUAUUUUAGCAUCCAAAUUAUUAGCAUAAUAUUGGUAAACAACUGGCUUUAAAAAUAUUUGCAUUUUGCUAAGGUUAUUUUAUAAAUAUAAGCAAGUAAAGGCUUGGAGGGGAAUAUAUUUUAGGAGUAUUUGCCUUAAUUUUUAAGUACUGCAACAAAACUAAAGCCAAAGACUUGACAUAUCUUCUAUUUCACAGGAGUUUCAAGUGAUGAACUGCAUUUAGUGAUCCUCUACAUUUUAAAAUAGUAUUUUGAUGCCAUUAAGUGCCCAGGAAGUUGUCUUUGAAGGGUCACCAUUGGCAUAAGCUACUGUACAUAUAUAUAGCAAACCACUUUAUGUAACAGAAGAAUGAACAAAAGCUGUGCUUUAAAAAGAAGCAGACUUAAACAAGAGACAGGCUGUCACACUGGGCAAUCUUAAAUAAAUAGAGUAUUUCGUGUUAGGAGCUUAAUUUGAUGAUGAUUUCUCCAUUCCUUGUGCUGAGAAUGAAGGCAAGCAGUAGCUGAUUUCCUUUAGACCAUUCGAUUUAUCUUCUCUGAGCAUACCUGGCAAUUGCAGUCUCACAUGACAUAACUAUGAAAUCAGAACUCCGUUUUCACCAAAGAACAGACCAAUAAAUCCUUAUUUGCAAGAGUGGUGUAAUUCUAUGAAAAGGCAAAUGAAGUUCAACUUAACAUUCUGUGUAAUACACUAUUUUAUUAUGUAUUUCUUUACAAUUAGUUUUUGUUUUUUAGAAUUAAAUUAAUUUUUGUUGAACAAAAUGACUUCAGGCAAGUCUGUUUUAUAAUGGUUUUCCAUUUACCAUUUAUCCCAUUUUAUCUUGUUGCGUGUGAUUUUAAGUAUGAAUGUACUCUUUCUGAAAACAUGGCAAAAUAGUAGAAGUAGAAAAUAAUGAUGUUACUUAUAGUAUGAGGUGAAAUGAUUAGAUUAUAGAAGUAUCUCUCAAUAAAAUCUUUGUCAGGCCUAAUUGGGUACAAUUUUUUUCUUUUUUUUAAAUUUGCUGUGAGGUUUGAAUACAUGUUGGUAAUAGUAAGAUUUUUGCAACUGGAUGACACAUGGUUUUAAUUGAACAUUGAAAGAUAAAAUCAUGAUUGCAAAAGACAGUUUUAGAAUCUGUUUUUUAAGAGAUUACAUGUAAACCCUGUAAUGUUCUAAGAGUGAAAUGCAAUUGAUAAAAGUUUGUUGAUUAAUGUUAGUUAUAAUAUUUCUGUACUGUACUUUACUUUCUUCAGAGGAUUGUAAAGUUAUCCUAAUCAACUUUAUAUCUUGCAUGAUGUAGUAAACCUUUUAAACAUGUGUGUUAAAAUAUGCUGGGUUUGGAUUAAAUUGUUGGCCUAAUUUCACAUUUGAAAAUAAAUUCAUCUCACAUUU